GGAAGUGAGGACUCAGUCGCGUCAUCACAAUGCUUAGUAAACAGUGUUCCUGAGACGUAACAGUGUUUUUGGUGCUUUGAGACCACAUGUGACAGCAUGGUCCGAUGCUUCCUCAUCCACACCGUCUGUCCGCUCAGUGCGCUCGGUGCUGGGGAGGCUCGGGUGCUCUACUCCCGGGUCUUCGGUCCGGAUGAGGGCCUGUUGACCGACCAGGACGGAGGACUCAGCCCGGAGGAGAGGAGACUGCUGCAGAAGGAGAAGGUCGCUGUGGUGGCGAGGCAGGUCCGGAGCGCCGUCUCUCUGUCCCGGGAUGCUUCGGGUCGGCUGCUGGUGGAGGCGGUCCCCGGCGAGGAGGCGCUCGCCCUGCAGGAGGCCGACAGCGGCGUGGUGCGUUUGAGGGCCGGAGACCCCUUCUCUGAGGAGAUGAGCGCUCUGUGGAUGGGCGUCCAGAGUCUGGGCUUCACGCUGGUCUGCGAGCCCCACGAGAACCUCCUGCUGGCCGAGGGAACGCUGCGCAACCUGACCCGACACUGCCUGGAGACCCUGCACAUGCUGGGGCAGGGCAGCGAGGUCCUUCUGAGGAGCAACCGCAUCGAUGCUCUGCUCAGCCGCCUGCUUCCUCACGGGCAGCUCCUCUUCCUCAACCACCGCUUCGCCCAGAGUCUGGAGAAGGAAGUGGCCGCUUACAUGGCCAAGUGAUGCAGAGCUGGUUGAGCUCGGUUACUGCUGUCUCUCCGGACACCGGCAGCUGCUGGUUUGUGAUUGCAUGAGGUGGCAAACACAUGGAGAGGUAAAUAUCUCCCUCAGCCACUUGCAGCUCACUGUUGACUGUUUACUGUGUGGGAGGCUUCAGUUCAAAUCCUGUUUGUCAAAUUGAAGAGUGGAAAAGGAAAAAAUGUGGCAGAUUAGAGAGUGCAGCUGAAGAGGCUAGUUAAAAACCUACACGUCAACAUCAGAGACGGGCCAUUUAUCUGAUUCACCGUACUUUAAAUGUCACAGUGUGACCUUGAGGAACCAGACUUCACCUCUUCUUUUUCUGAAAUCUGAGCGUGUAAAUGAAUCUGAGAGUGCUGUGUGUUCUCACCGUGACUUCUAAUGCACCUUUUGUUCCCGAAGAGUGGGAGGAAACCGCCGUUUGUUUUUGCGCGGUACAAAGUAUGAUUCAGCGCUUAGCAACAAACGGCGAAGAAAGAUCAGAGUCAGACCUUUUUAAUGUCAUUUUGAACCAAAAAUGUCAUCGUUGUUGAGACAUUUAGAACAAUAAAAAAGGCAGGAAGUGACAUUAAAUAUUAUAAAAAAAACAAAAUGGAAGAUAUGUAGGAGAUAUGAGGAGCUACAACAGAAACAUCCAGACUCAACAAACAACAUGUAAUCCUGUACCUUGUGAACAUCUGUACCUCCGACUGUGGCCCCCCGUGAAGACAGACUCUUCUGCUCCUCCUCCAGGCCACGUAAACACCUCCCCGUUUUUAUUUUUUUUCCUGCUGGCAGCCAAAAUCCCAUAAACCAGAGCUGUUUGAAAAAAAAUCUGUCUGGAUGCCAACAUCAAUUGCUUUGAUCUUCUCCUUUUUUAU